AUAAUACCCGCAAAAAUGAGACACAACACAGCAGAACGGACUGUAGGUAAACCUUCUGCUCUCUGGAGUUAUUCAAAUGUUGGAAUUAGCUACCGACUGAACUAGACCGAUAGACUUUUUACGAGUCCUUUAAUAGAACACUUGACAUAUUCUUUUUUACUGAGGACAGUAUCUCAUCAUAAUUUACUGACUCUUUUUUUCUAUUUAUCGUCAAAUAUACUAAGGUUCUCACCUGGAGACAUUGGUUAUCCACCGCUACUAAAUACGGAAGCUCGUUAAGCGAAAGCUUCUAUUCUGUCCAUAAUUAUUUGAACCAUUUGAAAUUUUUGAAGGUCGGUGUGUUGGCGGGCUUUCCGGAUGGCAGUCACAUCGCGUGAUAAUGAGUAGUGUACAGCUGAAGAGCGUGGACAAGGUACUUGAAGUGUCAUCCACUCCAAUACACUCUAGAGGUUGUAAUUCUGGCUAUGAGGAACAAACUAAGGAUUCGCGUCUCAUAUUAUCUUCAGCGAAGAAAAGAUUGUCCAGUAAAUCAAACUCAGAAACCGGAAGCUUCGACUCAGCAUCAUAUACUGGAUCUAGUUCAGAUGAUGAUGAUGAUGAAAGUCAACAACGUGAAAAUCCAAAGGAACGUUAUUUGAAACCUGGACUUAGAGCUGUAAACUCUAGAGGAUUUAAUGAUUUCUGUGUUCAAAAAAUCCGUCAAGCUUCUUUUGGACGUAGAGAAAUUGAAAUAGCUGAACAAGAAAUGCCUGGUUUGAUGGCAUUGAGAAAGCGUGCUAAAACUGAUCAGCCAUUAAAAGGAGCCAAAAUUCUCGGUUGUACACAUGUGACCGCGCAUACAGCUGUACUACUUGAAACAAUGGUAUGUCUAGGCGCCCAAGUUCGAUGGUGUGCUUGUAACAUAUAUUCAACACAGAAUGAAGUAGCAGCAGCGUUAGCUGAAUCCGGUGUUCCUAUUUAUGCAUGGAAAGGUGAAACUGAAGAGGAUUUCUGGUGGUGUAUUAAUCGUUGUAUAUCUGCUGAGGGUUGGAUACCCAAUGUAGUUUUGGAUGAUGGUGGCGACUUAACUCAUCAGCUGCAUAAAAAUUACAAGGAAUUACUGACUGGUAUAUGUGGAAUAGUUGAGGAAAGUGUGACAGGUGUUCAUCGUCUUUAUCAGUACGUGAAAUCUGGCACAUUGGGAGUGCCAGCUAUGAAUAUUAGCGACAGUAUAACCAAAUCAAAAUUCGAUAAUUUUUAUUUGUGCAAAGAAUCUAUUGUUGAUUCCCUUAAGCGAACUACAGAUAUGAUGAUCAGUGGUAAGACCGUAUUAGUAUGUGGUUAUGGUGAAGUUGGGAAAGGUGUUUGCCAAGCGUUAAGAGGAUUGGGAGCUUUCGUUUGUAUUUCGGAAAUAGAUCCGAUUUGUGCACUUCAAGCCUGCAUGGAUGGUUAUCGUGUUGUAAAAAUUGAUGAGGUUAUACGUUCAGUGGAUAUUGUGGUUACUUGCACUGGGAAUAAAGGUGUCAUUACUCGGGCUCAUAUGGAUCAGAUGAAAAGUGGUUGUGUUGUAUGCAAUAUGGGUCACUCUAACACCGAAAUCGAUGUUCGAUCUCUUCAAACACCUGAUUUAACAUGGGAGCGUGUUCGAUCACAAGUGGAUCAUGUUAUUUGGAUGGAUGGUAAACGUAUUGUUCUUAUAGCUGAGGGUCGUUUGGCGAAUUUAAGCUGUUCAACUGUUCCAUCUAUUGUUGUCUCUGUUAGCGCCAGUACUCAAAUAUUAGCUUUGAUUGAAUUAUACAAUGCUCCCGCUGGUCGUUAUAAAAAUGAUGUGUAUUUAUUACCGAAAAAAAUGGGUAAGAGAGAUAGUUCAUGUGAAUCAUUGUAACUGUUUACUAUGUUUAUCCGUUUGUAUUUUAAUUUUUUCUUACAGUAAAAAAUAUGAUUUAUUAUCGGUUUAUUGAACAGUAACUCUUCGUGUAAAUUAUAGUGGAUCAUUUUAUGUUGAUUAUGUGAAGGCGUGAAAGUCGACAAGUUGAAUCUAUUGUUUGCAUGAACACUUGACCAAUCAAGUGAAUAAUAUCUGUUAUGUCUAAAAUUUAUUCCCAGUAUCAUCUCUGUCCUCCGGGAUGUGUUGUUUUUUAGCAGUUUGAUUCAGCAAUUAAUAACACCUCUUAGCACUCGCCAAGUCUUCACUAUCCAGAGAAGAUUAAGCGUAUGUUGAAAACAUUAUUGCUGAAACUCAAAAGUAUAUGCAGUACCCAUGAGUAUAUGUAUAUAAGCAUUGACUCAGGCAAGGAUACAUGAACAAUGACCCUGGUCAAAAUAAUGAUCUCACACAUAAUAGACCCAUUUACAUUUGUAUUUCUCUCCCACUAUGUGGCCUUCGAAUAGUAUAUGGUCUGCUCAGCCUUAUAACAUGUAAUUUAUUCGAAAUUGUCCGGCCAUCAGUUCCCUCUCUUGAAAAGUAAAUCUUCGGAUUGAAAUGUUGGAGUUGGGAUGAACGAUAUUUCCGUCGUAAUCGUUUUAGAGUCUGGCCACUGUGUCUGAGUCCAAUAUUUGGGACUGAUUACUUUAGACUAAAGGUAUUGAUAAGACAGCCUAAAGACAAAUUAGACGUAGUCAGUUCUUGAGAUGUCUCAUAUUGUCUCUGAACUGUGUAUGAUUCGUAGGCGUUGAAGAUUUCCCUUGAUACUUGCUUCACAUAUUACGGAAAUAGCUCUGACUUAAAUGAUAUACUAUACGAAGUUGUGUACUCAUGAAUCGAAAGCUAAAACUGAUAAAAGUCACCAGUCUCUAUGAGAAACUUUCUGUUGACUAUGUUAUUGACAAAUAAGUUGCAUACCGUCUUCCUUAAGACAGUUAAUUAAAAUUGGUGAUAUUUUGAAUGUGUGGAUUCUUUCAAGCUUUUCUUCACUCAUCUAGUGUUGUUUUUUUGUAUUCAUUCUUAUUUAACUGAAGAUAAUUUUUUUUACUUGUUAGUGACCAAUUACGAUAAUUUAUGUUUUUAGUUGAACGACGAAGUCUACUUAUAUCUAUUCAUUUCUCCACUUCUUAUUGUUAGUCUUCUUUUCCUCUUGUUUUAUCUAGGUAUUCCUUUUAUUGUUAAGUUUAAAUUAAAUUCUUAUUACAAAUUCUUUUUACGAGCUCAUAAUUUUAGGACAUACAAUUUGUUAGGUGUGAUCAGAUUUUCUUUUUUGUUAACUUUUUCAUGCUUUCUGUUUUUUCUCAUUCACUCUGCAAGAUCGUCUCUUUGUUUUGUGUUCUCGGAUAAACAAGAGUUGUUUUUUGUUGUUUACAUUAAGGUUCAUUCAUUGUUCCACUGUGUUAUUUAUUCAAAUGUUAUUAGAUUUUUUUAUACAAAUUCUAAAUAUUUCUCUAUUACUAGUGUACAAAGACAUUUUAGCUUCAUUUAAUUUUUUCGAUAGUAUAAAAUGUGUUACUUUCUAAAUUCUCUAAUGUGUUUGGCAAGCGGUAAUACAUGUCUUAAUCAACUCAGUCUACGGAGAUUCACACACCGAUUUGUCAUGUUUACCUUAUGUUUGACAACAACAUCACUCAUUCGAUGAUGCUAACAUAUGAAAUGUUUUGAUCGAAUAGAAUGUAAGUAUUAAACAAAGAGGCUGAAAUCGUUUGGUGGGAUUAUCAAUAUAUCAUCUGAUAGGCUUAAAUAUAUGUUUUCUGUGUAUGAUAUUCAAUUCGCUUUUAACACAAUUCACUAACCAUAGUAAAUAAAAUCUUAUCAUGAUGAGUUCACCUAUUUAAGCUCUAGUCUGUCUAUAUUAAAUAUAUAAACAACUAUAAUCACAGUUGUUUUUUAUUCGUUGAAAGGAAAUAGAUGGCAUGAGCGAAGUUAAUUUUAUUACAAGGUUCGUGAUUUUCUGGAAUGAAUCGGUUGAUGUAAUAGAACGUGAAAAAUGACUUUUGAUAUUUUUACAUUUUAUCGUAAACGUGUGCUUUUUUGACCAAAUAACACAAAUAACUUUGUGGAACUAAAGUCUGCACCAAGACUUUCACUUCCAAUUGAAACUUAACAAUAUUUCAUCGAUUUUUUAGUAAUAACUUAAAAUUUUGGUGUUGUAUACAGUGUCGAAGUUGUUGUUUUACUGUAAUUGGUAUUGUUGUAUUCUCUGAGCUAGAUGAUUUAGUUUGCAGUGAUUUUAUUGUCGUUCUAGUCAAUAUUAUCAGUCCUUAGUUCAUAUAGAGGUGUAGACUGUUAUAAGUGUAUUAUUCUCCAUCAUUUUUCUUUUCCUUGUGUUCUUUCUGUAAAUAUUAUCGUUAUUCUAUAAUAUCACGUUCCGUCAAGCUCAUAGUUGUUAAUGUAGGUUGUAUUAACUUAACCAUUUUUUUGUUAAUACUACAGAUGAAUAUGUGGCAACAUUGCAUCUUCCAUUAUUCAAUGGUCGAAUAACUGAACUCACUGAUGAACAAGCUCGAUAUUUAGGUGUAAAUAAAACAGGACCAUUUAAACCGAGUAAUUACAAGUAAGAAAAUGUUUUUUUUUUCAUUAUUGGCACAUUGUCGAAGUCAUAUGAAAACUAUACAUAUUCACAUCGAAGCAUAUAUAGAAUAAUAUACAAAAUGUCAUAUACUAUAAAUUUGUCUUUCUCACCUCUUUAUACUUAUCGACUAGCGUUUAUUAAUGACGUUUUUAGGUUCUAGAAUAUUCUGUUCAAUUUUCCUCAGGUUGAAUAUAUAGUUCUGGUGUAUUAUCUUCAACUACAACAAUAACUGAAUGUUGUCAAGCGUCUUUGUGAAGGGUUAGUUUCACUAAAACUCCUGAUAUACUCGUUGAAAUCGCGUUAACUCAGCUGAAUGGUUUAAUCGUUAAGCUGGCAAUGUUUUCUCUAGAUAACACCAGUACAAACUUCAGAAGAGAGUGUACUUUAAGAAUCUAUCAACAAGUAACUACUAACAACUUGUUCUAUCUACUUAAAAUUUGUUUGAAUAUUGUUGGGACUUAUCUCGCUAUUAUCUUCACAUUCAUUUUGUUUAUCUUGACCUGGUUCUUGAUUAUCUAGUUGUUUUUGAUUUUUCCUAAUUGGUUUGUAAAUUGGGUUUAUUUCAUAAUGUAUGUUGAAUGCUUACUGAUAUCAGUCCCAAGAUUACCGAAAUCCUCUCGUUUUCUUUGUGUUGUUUCUAACUAAAACUUAGCCGUUUUUUGCAGUUUGACAUAUAUCCGUAGUUGUCUAUAUGUAUUGAUAUAGACUAAGAUAUACCUUGGAAUUUGACAGCAAAUUGGAAUUAAUGAAGACGACGGUAAAGAGCAUUGGCUCUUUGUAUGAAGUAAUAUUUUCAGCGACUUCGUCUGUGAGUUUACAUAACAUUAACUGAAGUGAUUUUGCUGGGUUGAGGGCGACAUCUGUUCUCAGUAAUCUAAGUGGAGUUUUGUUCUAUGAGCUAGAUGGUUCGGUCAUGGAGCUUUCAUCGUUCUUCUGAACGAUAUCAUCAGCACAAACUUCAAAUAGAAGUGAUGUGUUUGAAUUCCUCCCCAUAUGAUUCAAAGCUUGUCCUGUCGGCGUCGGUCUUGAUUGAUUAUCGUUGAUCUUCAACCUGUCAUUGUUUACUUCUCUAUUUUGACUGCAUCUCCCUUAACUAAAUUUUUAUCGACAACCUAUUAUGAGCUAUCCUUUUAAAGGGUGUAGUAAGAGCUCAGAAAGACGAGAACUCAUGCAGUUACCUCUUCGUUUUUUUCUGCAUAUGAUUCUAUUCACUGCAGUUCUCUUAAUGAUGAGUUUUAUGGGAAGUUUUCUGAUCUUUAGGUAGCGAGGAAUAAAUGUGGUAGUCGUUCCAGGUAGUGUUAACGGUAAAGCAGAUGUUCUAAAUCAAGUUGAGAAAUGAUAACGUAGGUCAUUUGACGUCCCAGUUGAGUGAAUAAGUAACGGUGGUCAUUUCCUGCAAUUAUUCUCCGAUAGUCUUAUGUUCCUUUCAAGUACAAGGGUUAAGGAUAAGGGAAAUGUCUUACCUUCACCACACACCCUAACACAACUAUAGGUACAAAUAAACAUAAUCGUUAUCACCUGUCAUUGAAGAAUUUCGAUAGACGACUAAGCAUUCCUUCUAGAGGAUAUGGUUAUGUAUGUAUGAACUUGCAAAACGUUUUGGUGAUAAUAAGAAAAAGCUUUUAUUCUAUAUUCAUUUAUGUAAGACACAGUGUGUAUAUCUGUACUGUUCGUAAUCUAUUUUAUUUAUUUAUUUAAACACAUAAAUAUUGGUACGAGGAAGCACCAGAUACAUAUGCGUCGCACAAGUCUCAUUUGAUUUGUGUGAGGGCUGUGAUACUGCCCAUAUGCCCAAACUGAGGCAUACUUCAUCCAUGCCUUUUGGUUAGUCUCAGUUUACAAAUUUAUGUUCUACCCCUAGUAACGUUUUAGACGUCUACAUUUUUGUUGUACAUUUUUUACUUAAUAUAUUUAUUUCAUUGCAUCAGAUUUUAGAACAAACUAGUUUAUUUCGGCUUAUUUUUGCCAUAUUUUAGAUACUAAACUUGUUCUCAUUCUUCGUUUCUGCUCAUGCACUGAUUGCUGUUACAUUUAUUGGGAAAUGUCUUCCUGUUUAACAUGUAUACUUUGCAUCGAUUCGGUUUUCGUAAAAAGUAUGGUAGAAUAUUACAUCUAAUUUACUUUAAAUAAAUAUGUUGAAGUAUGAAUUUCUCAUCCUCUUAUUUAUUCUCAUAAAUUUCAAUUACAUUCCAAUAACUAUUGUGUAAAAGAGUUGCUUUAUAUUAAUCUAGUAUAUUUUCAUGUUUCACCGUUAAUUUAACAUAUGUCUUUCCUUACUAAUCUUGUUUGUAGAUUUAGCGUUAAAAAAAGAAAUAAUUUUUGAUUAUAUAUAUUAGUUUGAUUCACUCUCAUAAAUACACUGAUAUAUCAAUGUUAUCGAAAUGCUAAUUAGCUUAGGGUUGUCUUUAAGUAUCACUGUGUGAUGAAACUGUUAAUUUUCCUCGGACUGUUUUCUAUCUUGAUGGCGUCCUGUAUCCUUGUGAGUGAAUCCUGUUCAGGAUAUUACGUAACUAGUCGUGUUUUAACUAGUUUCUCUUAAUCAGACAAGCAUUAAUAAUUCAUACAUUGUAAUUCUGAUUGAUUUGUCUAUCUUUACUAUGUAUUAUUUUUGUAUUUUUUCGUAAUUACCCCUCUUGCAAUUCUAUUCAACUAUUUACUUCCCUCAUUCAUAACAUACAGCAUCCCCUUUUGAUCUUGUGUAGAAUACAGACAAAUAGUUAUUUAUAGUCAGCCUAUUGUAUGUAUCGUUUAUAUGAUACUUGGAUCGUUUUCUUUUAUUGAGUAUGAUAUGAUUCUACGU